AGAGUUUAAUGCUUUUCUAUUCCUGCCAAGUACAAAACUGUGGAGAGUUUUGCCAUUAAAGUGACCAUCAUUGCAAAAUAUACAUCGACUUUGUCCUUCAAACAGCAUCCCUGGUUGAAUCAUAGUUACUAAUAGUUGCCAACCUGUGUGUUUGCUUUGUUUGGCAGGGUCAACACAGAUAAAGCACUCAGUAACUCUGCAGGCCAGACUUAGCUGGUCUCCUUUUGGGGGAAACUAACACACAUGACGGCUCCCUGUGGUCAACCCCUAUAAACACAUGAGAGGGAAGCAACACAGACAAACCAUGAAAAAGAUAUACAUUGGCAAAACCGCCUUAAAAGUCCCCAGAAAUGGCGGGAAACAUCCGAAGAAGAGCUCACUGCUGGAGCAGAAGGAGGACUUACGGAAGAGGCUUUCCUACACAACACACAAGCUGGAGCUGCUGCAGAGCGAGUUCGACUCCACGAGGCAGUACCUGGAGACGGAGCUGCGCCGAGCGCAGGAGGAGCUGGACAAGUUCACUGAUAAACUGCGCAGGUAGGCCGACA